AUGUUUAGCCUAAACUCCUCUCCCGUAGCUUUCAAGGGAAAGUUAAAGGUCACCACCACCUACAACAUUCUCCUGGUGUUCUUCCUCUUCACUCUUUACAUUACCUCAUGCGAAGCUCGCCACAUCCGUUUCGAUGGAAAGUACUCAAACAACGACAAGUCUUCCUUAUCAUCCAAGGACAAGACAGACAUUUAUGACAGCAAGAAGCAAACGAGAAACUCGCUGAUGGUUCAUGAUGCGGGGAAGAAGGCUCAGGUCGUCGGAAGCAGCAUCGGUGAUCAGUCGGGUGCGGGAGCAGCAUCGGUCGACCCAUCAGGUGGAAUACGAAACACCGGAUAUGUCACUAGGGUUUUGCUACAGCUUCCUCAUCGCAAGCACAGGGGUGAUCAGGGAAUUCACCUGGAUUAUGCUGAGCCCAAAACCCGCACUCCGUAUCAUAACUGA